AUGGCACUACCUCCUGGACUAACCGAUUCUGACCAUGACUCUACAGGUACCAAACUCGUGUGUAAACUCCACAAAUCGAUCUACGGUCUAUGUCAAUCUUCACGACAAUGGUACAAGAAGCUCACGGCAGCUCUCAUCCAAGAAGGCUUCAAACAAUCCAAAGCUGACUAUACUCUCUUCACUCGAGGAAUCAAUGACAGCUUCAUAGCACUCCUUGUGUACGUUGAUGACAUUGUCAUCACUGGUCCCAAUAUUCACAUUUUGCACCAGCUACUAACCACUCUCAAUCAACAAUUCAAACUUGAGGCACUCGGUCAGCUCAAGUAUUUUCUCGGAUUCGAAAUUGCCAGAGCUUCUACUGGCCUUUUCCUCUCUCAGGGACAAUAUACGCUUCAGUUACUCGAAGAUAAUGGCUACAUUGGGUGCAAACCAGCAAAAGCCCCAAUGGAUCCUAGAACUGCGAGCUCGCCUCUGGCCAAUCCUUCAGAAUAUAGACAGCUCAUUGGCAAGCUCCUCUAUUUGACUUUAUCUAGGCCUGAUAUUACCUUCGCAGUAAACAACUUGAGCCAGCUUAUGUCCGCUCCUCGAACACCUCAUAUGCAGGCUGUGUCUCAUUUACUUCGGCAUCUCAAAGGAAGUCCUGGGCAAGGAUUACUAUAUCCUGCUAACUCCUCUAUGCAUCUCCGAGGUUUUUCAGACUCGGAUUGGGCUUCUUGUCCCGUUACAAGACGCACAACUACCGGUUUUUGCAUUUUUUUCGGUGAUUGUCUCAUCUCUUGGAAGACCAAGAAGCAACCUACCAUUUCCAAGAGUUCUGCUGAAGCCAAAUAUCGAGCACUUGCUGCCACCACCAGUGAGAUUACUUGGCUUCAAUAUCUUCUCCAAGAUUUCCAAAUUCCACAACACAAACCAGCAUUAUCUACUGUGAUAAUCAGUCGGCAAUCCACAUUGCAAACAAUCCCACCUUUCACGAGCGCACCAAACAUAUCGAGCUAG